AUGCCAAAACGAAAAACACUGUCACGAAGCUCCGACUCGGAUGAGGAGAUUAUAGAAAAAACAGCAGUCAAACGAACCAGAAAAGCCCGGAUUGUACCAAAGGCAAAAGUAGAUGAUGGACUGAAACAGCCAGCUAGUGACAUACCUUCUGAUAGUGCAGCUACAAGCAUGAAAUCUAAAUUAGAGAGGAUGCUUGAAGUAAAGGAAAACAAAAGUGAUACCACUAAAAAGGCUAAGACCAAGAAAUCUGGAUAUUCUUCACUUUAUCUGAAAUCCCUGAAAGAAUGUAAACGACCCGGCGAUCCUGCUCCUAAGAAGACAACGGCUAAAAAACCACCGAAAGUUGCUGUAGACUUGCUCACACAAAAAGUUACCGAAUUCACAGAGUUAGCCGACCAAAGUCCUGACGUUAUUAAGUUCAUAUCAGAAAACAGUCUGACAAUUGGGGCUCACAUUUCAGUGGCUAAGGGAGUUUAUAAUGGGCUUAUCAACGCAUUUAAGAUAAAAGCUACUUCAAUGGCUUUCUUUAUCACGCAGCCUCGCAGGUGGACCACUGAAAAAGCUCUGUCAGAUGAAGAAGUUUCAAUAUUUAACGAAGGUGUAAAGAUUUUGGGAUACAAGCGGGAGAACAUAGUACCACAUGGUAACUAUCUCGUUAAUUUGGGGUCUCCAGAUCAGACUAUAUACGAUAAAAGUUACGCUUGCUUUGAAACUGAGCUUAAGAUUUGUGAGCAGUUACAGCUGUGUUGGUUGAACAUACAUCCUGGAAGUGCUGUGAAGGGUAUGGAUAAAGAGAAAUGUUUACAACAGAUAGCAGAGAGUAUAAACAAGGCACACUCUGCUACCUCCAAUGUAACUGUCCUUCUUGAAAAUAUGUGCAAACAGGGAACAACUGUUGGAGGCGAUCUGUCUGAUCUAGGGAGUAUAAUCAGUCACGUGACUGACAAGACGAGAGUGGGAGUUUGUUUCGACACUUGUCAUGCUAUGGCUGCUGGAUAUCCUCUUUAUUACUCUGUUAACGCUCCACUUCACUGUCUUUUCUUUGAUUGUGACUCUUCAAGUGACAGCUUCUACAAGCUAGGUUACUGGCGGUACAUUUCUCUGUGA